CCUUGUUCACUACGAGGACACGUAAAAUCUCAUUCACUCUCUUUUUGCAGGAUCAGAUCUACGGAGUCUAGCAUCUCCGUGACACGAGAGACGCGACGGAAAGGUAAAGAACACUCAAGUCAUUUUAUGGAGGCUUGUGGGACGCAACAAAACAUUUAUUAAAAGUGGUCGCUCUGUGGAUAUCAAUCUAGAGUCCCGUUAAUUCGGAACGCAGUCUGUGUUUGGAUUUAAGCCUGAUUGAAAUGUGGCGUUAUGUCCUCGAGAUAAAUGUGCUAUGUAUGUGAUUUGGAGAGCAUCUUCUGUGGUGUACAGUGGGGAAGAGACUGGGAGGACUCAUCUGCAACUGAUCCCCUUUUUCUGAGCGCAAUGGACUUGGAAUAAAGACAAAGCAUGGAUAUAAUCUGGGAAAUAUUGAUUAUCCUUCAAGCCAAUCUCAUCGUUUGCACUUCAGCUCAGCCAAAUCCACCCAAAAUCCACGAGGGAUGGUGGGCUUACAAAGAAGUUGUUCAGGGGAGCUUUGUUCCAGUGCCAUCUUUCUGGGGGCUUGUAAAUUCUGCCUGGAAUCUGUGUUCUGUGGGGAAGAGACAGUCUCCAGUCAACAUUGAGACCAGCCAUAUGAUAUUUGAUCCCUUCCUGACACCGCUGAGGCUUAACACUGGCGGGCGAAAGGUGGGAGGGACAAUGUACAACACCGGCCGCCAUGUAUCACUGCGAUUGGACAAAGAGCACCUGGUGAACAUCUCGGGUGGACCAAUGACGUACAGCCACAGACUCGAGGAGAUCAGGUUACACUUUGGCAGUGAGGAUGGACAGGGCUCUGAGCAUCUCCUCAAUGGCCAGGCCUUCUCUGGGGAGGUACAGCUUAUACAUUACAACCAUGAACUGUACACAAACUACACAGAAGCUGCCAAGAGUCCAAAUGGGUUGGUGAUAGUGUCUAUAUUUAUGAAGAUAUCUGAGACUUCAAAUUCAUUUCUGAAUCGAAUGUUGAACAGAGACACCAUCACAAGAAUAACAUAUAAAAAUGAUGCAUACCUUCUCUCUGGGCUAAACAUUGAGGAGGUGUAUCCAGAGACAUCAAGUUUUAUUACUUACGAAGGGUCUAUGACAAUCCCACCGUGCUAUGAGACUGCCACGUGGAUUCUGAUGAACAAGCCAAUUUACGUCACAAAGAUGCAGAUGCACUCCAUGCGACUUCUCAGUCAGAAUCAGCCCUCACAGAUAUUCCUAAGUAUGAGUGACAACGUGCGUCCAGUACAGCCUCUGAACAACCGCUGUAUCCGCACCAACAUCAACUUCAGCAUGCAGGGCAGGGACUGCCCCAACAACAGGGCACAGAAGCUGCAGUACCGAGUGAAUGAAUGGCUGCUGAAAUAGAGUGAGGAUGUGGACCAGCCCAAGAACACUAAGUACAAGAAACAGAAUCAAGAGAAAUGAUGGAAUAGUACAGACUGAAGACUGACAUAUGUCCUGCCCAAUAAAGUCAUGACGUUGUAAAGAAAAAAGAAACCCCAGCAAGAAGAGACUUUGCACUGUUGGCAAAGAGAUCCAAUUUCAUACAUCAAGUCAAAACUAGUGACAUACAGUUAUAACCACACAAAUGUUUUGAUACUUUUUUUUUUUUUUUUUUUUUUUUUCAAAAAAAUAUAACAUUUAUUUCAUAGCCUCUUCUCCAAUGGAACUGAAAGUUUUUAGCCUUUGUACAUAUGGACAACUUGCUACAAAUCUGGGAAAAAGGGACAUAGGACACUGAACCCACCGACCAAUUCAGAGACAUCCUUGAAUCAUAACUGCAAUCUCAAUCUUUGUUUGCUCGUGGCGUGGAGAGGAGGACAGGCAACAACCUUGCAGGUUUACUGUCAAGACAAAAAUCAUCAUACAGAAGAAUCUGGGGGGAUAUUGUCUGCGAUAAAAAUGAGAGUCUUGGCGUUGUAAAUAUAAUUAUUAAUGCUGAAAAUGAGUACGUAAAGAUACAAAUAAACAUUUAAAAAAUAAUAUCAGAGGGAAAAAUAAAUGAAAAAAGAUCAAUAUUUUAUGCUUGGCGCAUUUUGAAUUUCUGGAGCAGAGCUGAUGCCUUUUUUCUGUUUCAUUGUUUACAAUGGUCAUACACUGUGUUUGAUUAAUGUUAUCAGCCCAAUAAAUGUGUUUGGAAAGUU